UUUCACUUUCGCUUAGACGUGUGAUUUCUUCGAUCAUUUCUAAAUUUAUCGAUUUUAAUCUUACUGUAUUCCAUGACAACUCCAUUAGGAUAGAUUGGUUUGUAUUGUAAAAACGGUUGCUCAAUUUCAUAUUUUACCACGAAAGUGAAUGUUAUUAAGUUACUGAGUUUGUUUUGGUUCGAAACAUUCGUCAGCUCGGGCCUAGUACUGUUGAAAAGGAAACUAACCAAUGACAUUUGGGAACUCUAGAAUUAUUCAGAAAUUAUACACAUGCCAAGUGUUGUUGAAGUUUAGUUGUCGUCCAAAACAUGGUAUCUCUGCCGCUGCGUUAUGAGGCGGCCAUGGUGUUGAGUGCUGCUGGCGAUGCACUGGGAUACAAAAAUGGAUCCUGGGAGUUUUGCCACCAUGGAAAGGAAAUUCACAAGGAGCUGAAGGCGCUCGGAGGAAUCAAAGCUAUCAAAGUGAAACCACCAAAAUGGAUCGUCAGUGAUGACACAGUCAUGCACCUUGCCACGGCCGAGGCACUGAUGAAAUGUAAAAGAUCAAGUAAAGAAGACCUUUACAAGAAGAUUGCUGAAAACUACAAAAAGUGUAUGAAUGACAUGAGAGACCGGGCUCCAGGAUUGACGUGCAUGAGCAGCAUUCAUAAUCUCAAACCCUUCAUACCAGACUGGAGAAAGGGAUGCAGGAUACCCUUCAAUGAGAGAGGAGGAGGAUGUGGAGCUGCGAUGCGAGCCAUGUGUAUUGGUCUUAGAUAUCCACGUAAGGAAGAACUAUCAGAUUUGAUUGCUGUCAGCAUUGAGUCUGGGAGAAUGACCCAUCACCAUCCCACAGGCUAUCUGGGCAGUCUGGCUGCUGCCCUCUUCACAGCCUACGCCAUACAAGGGAAGCCAGUCCAUGAGUGGGGAGCUGGCCUGAUGAGUGUACUGCCUGAAGCCCAGCAAUAUAUCAAGUCACAGGAUUUCCACGUGGAAGACAACAUUGAUGCCUGGAACUAUUUUGAGGACCACUGGAAGAAAUACCUCAAAGAAAAAGACCUGUUGGAUGGGACUAACCCCCCACAGUGUGACCAGCUGGAUGUAGAGGCCAGAGACAAGUUCUAUAAGAGUCUCAGCUAUUCCGGAUGGGCAGGGUCCAGCGGACAUGAUGCUCCAAUGAUCGCAUAUGAUGCAAUUCUGCAGUCAGGGAAAAACUGGGAAGAACUUUGCAAAAGGUCAAUGUUUCAUGGAGGAGAUAGUGACAGUACUGGGGUGAUUGCAGCCUGUUGUUACGGAGCCAUGUAUGGGUAUGAUGGGGUACCAGGGGGGAACUACAAGAAACUGGAGUACCACGAGAGAUUAAUCAAGGCAGCAGGAAGUCUGUAUGAAUUGGCACAUGGAUCACAAGAUGAUGAAACCACAGAGGAAGAAACACAGGGAAAGAUAGCAGAAGAGGAAGAAAAACAAGAUGAAGCAGAAGAUGAGGUUAAAGUUCAAAACAAAGAGGGGGAAAUGGUGGAAGCUAAGAGAGAGGAAGAAAAACAGAAUGAAGGAGAAGAGGUCAAAGUUCAAAAUGAAGGGGGGAAAGGGGCAGAAACUGUGGGAGAGAAAGUACAGACAACUGUAUGAUGCCCUCCAAAAACUCUGUACUACAUGUACGCCACUAGACGAAAUCUGGAUACAUGGAUAUUUGUGGGUACCUCUGGAUAUAUGGAUAUUUGUGGGUACCUCUGGAUAUUUGUGGGUACCUCUGGAUAUAUGGAUAUUUGUGGGUACCUCUGGAUAUUUAUGGGUACCUCUGGAUAUAUGUGGGCACCUCUGGAUAUAUGGAUAUUUGUGGGUACCUCUAGAGAUCAGCAGGAUUGGUUUUAUAUUUGCCAGACUAUUUGUCUAUUUCUGUAUGUGCCACAGGGCUUAGAGUUGUUGACUUUUUUACAUUUUAACUUGUUGGAGAAUUUUUGGAUCUGUGAUAAUAUACCAAAAGAGUGUAAAUGUUUAAAGCUAUUUGACAAUAUUGUGAGAUGAAUAAUGAGAUAAAUUUAAGAUUACUUAUACAAGACAAAAUGUGAUAUCAAUACAUUAAGAAGAAUGACACACAUGUUGCAAUAAUUACACCUGUAUCUUUUUAAGUAGCAGACUAAUUUCUUGGUCCAAUCCAUGUUACAUACAGCAGCAUUGAAAGCCAGGCAAUCUGUAGUUCUAAAUAUAGUCACCUCUCUCUCCUACAUACGUAUACUUCUAAUACAUAAAAAUACCUCUGGUUGUCUAUGUUUAGAUAUACUAAAUACAGCUAAAUUGUCCCCGAUAGACCAAAACCCUGAAGGGAAAGUUUUUCUAUAUGCCCUGAAUCCUCCGUUCCUAGGUUAUUAGAACAGCGAUUUUUAGGUCACAGAGUCACUCUGGUGACCUAAUGCUAUCCAGUUUUGAUUGUUGUGGGUCGUACACUUUGGAAUUUUUUCAGAUUCUCCAGAACAGAUGAAGCACUUCUAUUUGUGAUAUAUAAUAUCUAUGGGUAAAUGGGAACAAAAAUUGUGAAAUUUCAUGGACCCUACCUCCCUGGGGCCUGAUGGGGUGGGACAAAGACCAUCAAAAUGAAUGCAAUCUUUAAAAAUAUUUCUCUUUACUCCUGGACAUCAAAGUUGUGUUAUUCAUGACCCCUGAGUUCAGGAUGUGGCUAAGUAGGUCAUAUAUUGAAAAUGCAUGAAUAAAAUAAUAUCUUAGAAACAUUUCUUUACUUUUCGACAUGAAGGAGGCACAAUGUUUGCAUGAUUAUACAAUGAGCCUCAACCAAAUUUGUGAAAUCCAUGACUCCUGGGUUUAGACCCCAGGGUGGAGCAAAGUUGGUUACAAUUGAAAAUGCAUUCUAUCUUUCAAAAACGUCUUUCCUUCUGGACAACAAGAAGGCAAAAUGUUUGCUUGAUUUUAUUGAGUACUCAAGCCUCUACCAAAGUUAUGAAAUCCAUGACUCCUGGGUUUAGACCCCAGGGUGGAGCUAAGUUGGUUACAAUUGAAUAUGCAUUUUAUCUUUCAAAAACGUCUUUCCUUCUGGACAACAAGAAGGCAAAAUGUUUGCUUGAUUUUAUUGAGUACUCAAGCCUCUACCAAAGUUAUGAAAUUCAUGACCCCUGGGUUCAUACUUCUACUGAAUACUGUAGAUUCCUAAAUGUAUGUGUAAAAACUACAUAUUUUCAUGCAAUGACUGUUGCUAUUAAUAUUAGAACUACUUUAAUUGGUGUAAUGUAAACCCCAAGUAUGCAGUACUUAAAUCUAAUAUUAAUAGCAACAGUCAUUACAUGAAAAUAUGUAGUUAUUACAUUAUGCAAGGAAUUUAUUAUUGUGCAAUUUCAAAAGAGGCGUCACUCAUUAAAUAAAAAUACUCACUUUUAUUUUUCUUUUGCUAAAAUACAUGCAAGAACUUUUGAUUAACGCAAAUUCAUGUUUAGGCAAUUUGACAUGCAUACGAGUCAUUUUGCCCUAUUUUAAAGUACUCGCGUAAAAUAAGAAAUCUACAGUAUUCCUAGUGUAGGAGUUCCAAGUCCUAUGGCAGAUUACCUAAUGAUAUGUUGGAAAUGUUUGCACAUUAAUGAUUUUUAAAAUUUUGUGCACGAGUUUGAGCUUCAGAAAAUUUGAUGCAUGGUAGUCAGGCAACCAUUAAGGCCCGUGAGCCUCAUGUUAAUGAAUUUCAUUAAUCGAAAUGAAAUCAUAUCAACUUGAUUAUAAUUUGAUUGAAUACUUUAUGGUAAACUGUCCAUGAACAUUUUGGACAUCCCUCGUAUCUAGGAUUGACAACACUUUAACCCGUUUUAAUAAACUCAUUCAACAAUAUAUGAUAAUUUUGAUAUUUUAUGCUACACUUUGCUUCCAUUAAAAGAGAGUGGUAUGCUAUUGAAGUUUUAAACCUAUAAUUUUAGUAAUUUAUUACAAGUAAUACCAUGUACAUGUUGUUGCCUGUUUCAGCAAUGUAAUUCACAAUUCUUCAUUCACUUGUACGUCUUUGUAAAUCAAUUUUUCAGUGAAAAACUAGGUACAGUAUUUUUCUCAGCAAAUAAAUUCAUUUAAAUUUUAAUAUAUAAUAAUAAUAAUAAAGCCUUUAUUUAUCCAGAAUUACAUAUUUAGCGAUAACGCUAGUUUUCAAUAUGGUCCUGCAUAUAACAUACAUACAGACAGAUAUUAGUAAAAUAAACACAGAUUAAAAGAAGUAGAAUACAUAUAAACUUAAGAAAUAAUUAUGAAUGUAAGAUAAAUAGAAACAAAAUGAAGCUUAAAAAGUAUGGUGAUAAUCUCUAAGAUAAUUUCUCUUAAAACACGCAACACUCGUUGAGUUUCUUAUAUUUUGACUCCAGGCAUUCCACACUGUGCUCCCUGAAAUGCUGAAAGAUCUUCUAUAAUAUUCUGUUUUUGCCCUGGGUAUAUACAAUAUAUUUGAAUAAGAAUUUCUAGUUUGCCUCUGACUGACUUCUGAUACAUAUUUAAAAACAUUUAAAUAAUCUGGCAUUAAACCAUGUAAAACUUUAUACACUAAAAUGACUUUUCUAUAGACAAAGUAAUCUGAUAGAGGCAACCAGUUAAGUUCUGUAAACAUGACAUUAGAUGGUGUUUCAAAAUUUCUGAUGUUAAGAAUUACCCUUGCAGCUCGUUUUUGCAAUAUAAAAAGCUUAUUCACAUUUUCAGCAUGUCUUGGAUUGCUCCAUAUAGUACAACAAUAUGUAAAAUGUGGAAAAAUCAUAGUAUUAAAAAUCUUCAGCAGCGCAUCGUUUGACAUAAAAUAUCUUAUUCUUAAAAUGCCAAUUCUCUUGGAAAUCUUGUUCAUAAGUGAUUCUAUAUGACUUUUCCAGGACAAAGUUUCAUCAAUAAUAAUACCAAGUAAUUUUGACUCCUGAACACAUUCUAUGACAUGGUUAUUUAUCACUAAAUUUAAUUUUCGAUACUUUGAUAAUUUUUGUGCCGAUCCAAUAAGCAUACAUUGAGUUUUAGACAGGUUUAAGCUUAAUUUAUUUUCCUUAAUCCACAUUGUACUGCGCUGAAGAUCUUCACACAUCUUUGACUCAAUAUUUUCCACUGACUUAUCUGUUACAUCUUGAACUCUUGUGAAGUUUGUCAAGUUUAUUGUGUGUGUCUUACCUGGGCUGAAAGUUCUGAUUGAAGUUUGUCCACCCUUUGUAUGGAAACUUUAAACAAUUUAAAAUUCCUCUCGAGAACCACCGACUCAGUUUUAACUAAACUUUGUUGUUUGUUUGUUUCACGUCCUGUCGAGAAUUUUUGACCCAUAUUGAGACAUCACCAGUUUUAGGUGAAGCACCACAAAUUUAGACCCAUGCUUAGCGCCCAGGGCCGUAGCAGUGAGGGUUCUUUAACGUGCCAACCCCUGCCACAACACGGCACCUCCAUUUUUAAGGCCGUAUCUGAAACUCCUGUGAUUUUCGCUUCUAAAUGCCCAGUCUUUGGUGAAGGAGCAGUCACUACAGAUCUAUGCUUACGUCUCGAGCUUGACACGGCCAUGACAUGAUCAGAGUUCGAACUCACGACCUUCUGGUUACCAAGCAAACAAACUUGGCACGAAGUAUCGUUGAGUCAUGCCCCUUUUCCAAGGUAAAAUUAUCUGUAAAUCACUUGAUUUCACUGAAAUUGUAUACAUAAACCACCAAGACUAUUUACAAUAUAUAUAUAUUCUCUCCAAACUAUGCUAGGGGCAAGAUCAAAUCUGAAUUCAAAUAGUUUCAGGGAAGAGGGGUGGUGGUAAACACUCCUGCAAGUUUUAGUGAUUCAACAUCGAUUUUAUUAUAAUGCAUGGAUAAUUUUGGUAUUAUAAGUUAAACUUUUUAAAAGCUCUUUUUCUUGGUAAGGAAAUUUUUUUUUUCGUCUCUGUGAACAGCUGUUGUGUUGUUUAGCGACAUUAUUAAUACGACCUUUUUGAAUAAACAUAAGCAAACAUUG